GGCGUAACAAUCACCUUCUCCUCUGCAGCUGAGACCAGAACUAUACUGAGCCCGGAUCAGGAGCAUGAACGCAUAGACCGGGUCUCCUGCUGGACCGGAUGCACCAUGUGGUCCUGAAUGAGCUCAGACGGACCUGAGAUGUGAUGGGAGAGGAGCAGGAUGGGCAACAAGCAGACAACCUUCACGGAGGAGCAGCUGGAGGCGUUUCAGGACUGCACCUUUUUCACCAGGAAGGAGAUCCAGCGGUUACACAGUCGAUAUCGUGAACUCGCUCCUCAUCUAGUUCCGCUGGAUUACACCAACAACCCCGACAUCAGGGUUCCUCUGACACUCAUCGUCACCAUGCCGGAGCUCAAGGAGAACCCGUUCAGAGACAGAAUCGUAGAGACGUUCUCCGAGGACGGACACGGGAACCUCAGCUUCAACGACUUCGUCGACAUGUUUUCUGCACUCUGUGAAACUUCACCCAGAGAGCUCAAGACCAUCUACGCCUUCAGGAUUUACGACUUUAACAGGGACAACUUCAUCUGUAAGGAGGACCUGAAGAAGACCCUGAACAAGCUGACCAAAGGAGACCUGACCCCCGAGGAGGUCUCUCUGGUCUGUGAUAAGUCCAUGGAGGAGGCCGACCUGGACGGGGACAGCAAGCUCUCCUUCUCCGACUUCGAGAACAUGGUAUCAAAGGCUCCGGACUUCCUCAGUAACUUCCACGUACGAAUAUGAGACUCUUCAGAGGACACAACGUCUCCUCCUGAAACCCUCCGACCCACCUCGACUCAGUGCCUGACCUUUCUAUCGCCGGCGGAGAGUCUUCUUCUGGUCUGGACUCACAGAAGACACGUUUCAGAGGGAAAGUAGUUACUGCAUGAAAACCUUCUCUUUAAAAGACGGUGUUGUGGAGCGAUGAAACUACGACGGGGCUAAUUUUAUACCGAGAGAGAGCGUCUCCGACGUCUCCUCUGGACCGUCUCGCUCCUCGGAGACGCUUUGGGAGACGCUGCAGAGCAAACAGGGCUUUUCUGACUUCUGUGCUUUUGCAGAAAAGGUCGGAUCCACCGAUGGGAUUCAUUUCAAAAAGCACAGUUUUAAAGGGCAAACAAACAGUGAAGAGCUAUGCAAUGUGUUAAUGAAGUGCAUGUUGUAAAUGGCUCCUAGCUGUGUUCGGUUUCUUCUUCUGGUGUUGUGACUCGUUCUGGUGCAUAAUGACAAUCACAGUAGACUGUAGUUCAGUUGAUGGAAGGGCUCUCUGUCGUCUCACCUGUAAACUUUGGCUUUGAUAAAUCUCUCUUUUCCUUUUCACUCAUUCAAGAGAAAAAAGGUUUUCAGGCUAGAUUAGAAAUAAAUAAAUAAAUAAAUAAAAGAUGUUUCUGUUUCUCCAUGAAGCUUCUUAAACUGAUCCAGGUUCAUCUGGAAUAUCUCAACUCUCCUCUGAACACACUCUUCUACUGAUUCAUGGUUCCUUUAAACGUUCUGCAAAAAACAGACAGAAUACUGUUUUAUAUUAAGACGCUAAAUACACACUAAAGAUCUAGAAGAA